AGGAGAGAGAGAGAGAGAGAGAGAGAGAGAGAGGAACACAACGCGAGAACGGCGAGAGCUUCUUCUCGCGAUGUUGUUUGAAUCCUUGGAAUCGAAUCGAUCGUGUUUGCUUCUUUGAUUGAUCGGGAACCCUCGAUUGGGCGCUGGAAGUUGUUUUUUGGAUCGAAUUUUCGGAAUGUGGCAUGGGUAGAGGGUAUUUGCUGGAUUGGAGCUAGUGGAAGGGUUCUUCAGAUUUCUGGGGACUUUCCGACGGGGUUAAUUUGGAGUGGAGCAACGGGCGUGGUUCUAAAUCCCAUGUCUUACUUGUGGCAUGGCUCUCAGAAAAUACAAACCUUCGGGAAAUACAUCUUCAGCUAGUAUGGUGCCUUUGGAUUUUCCAAAGAAAGCCCUUGAAAAGGGCAAUGGCUUGGAUCCAGGGAUGGCCCAUGGAAGCCUUCCAUUUGAGGCUGAUGUAGAUAUUGACCUUAGUGAGGUCUACUUUUUGAUUAUGCAUUUUCUGUCAUCUGGCCCAUGUAAGAGGACGUGCGGUCAAUUGUGGAAUGAGCUUUUGGAGCAUCAACUUCUACCUAGAAGAUACCAUGCUUGGUACUCGAGGAAUGGGACAGGGACUGGUGAUGAGAAUGAUGAUGGAAUCUCACUCCCGUUAUGUUAUCUUAAGCUGGUUGAAAGAUAUCCUCACAUUGAAAAAGACCACUUAGUAAAGCUUCUGAAGCAGUUGAUGGUUAAUUGCUCUCCCCAAAAUGGUAUUGUUGGUGGAAACCCUCCAAAUGCAGCUGACGUACCUACACUUCUGGGAACUGGUUCCUUUUCACUGCUUGGAUCUUCCAAGGAUGUUGAAGACAAGAGAACAAAUCAGUUGCCUCGUUACUUGCGCUGGCCACAUAUGCAAUCUGAUCAGGUCCGUGGGCUAAGUUUGAGGGAGAUAGGUGGUGGUUUCGCAAAACACCAUCGUGCUCCAUCUGUUCGUGCAGCAUGUUAUGCCAUUGCCAAGCCAUCAACAUUAGUGCAAAAGAUGGAGAUUAUAAAGAAGAUGAGGGGUCACCAAAAUGCUGUCUAUUGCGCCAUAUUUGACCGGUCAGGCCAGUAUGUUGUCACUGGUUCAGAUGAUCGACUUGUGAAGAUCUGGUCAAUGGAAACUGCAUUUUGCCUUGCCAGUUGCAGGGGACAUGAAGGCGACAUUACAGACUUGGCUGUGAGUUCAAAUAAUGCUUUAGUGGCAUCUUCUUCAAAUGAUUUCAUAAUUAGAGUUUGGCGUCUUCCUGAUGGACUGCCAAUUUCAGUUUUGAGGGGCCAUACUGGAGCUGUAACUGCUAUUGCCUUCAGUCCCAGGCCAAGUUCUGUUUACCAGCUAUUAUCAUCAUCUGAUGAUGGAACAUGUCGAAUUUGGGAUGCUAGGUACUCCCAAAUGAGUCCUCGAAUUUACAUGCCAAAGCCUCCAGAUGUUUUACCUGGAAAGAGCAAUGAUGCAGCUCCCAGUGCUAGCCAACAGAAGCAUCAGAUUUUGUGUUGUGCAUACAAUGCUAACGGAACUGUAUUUGUUACUGGUAGCUCUGACACAUAUGCAAGGGUAUGGAAUGCAUGUAAGAGCAACACCGAGGACUCUGAUCAACCAAUUCAUGAGAUGGACUUGUUAUCUGGCCAUGAAAAUGAUGUCAAUUAUGUGCAAUUCAGUGGAUGUGCAGUGGCAGCUAGAUCCUCUACAGCUGAUGCAUUAAAGGAAGAUAAUCUCCCAAAGUUUAAGAACUCCUGGUUCACCCAUGGCAACAUAGUAACCUGCUCUCGAGAUGGCAGUGCAAUCAUAUGGAUUCCAAAAUCCCAUCGGUCUCAUGGAAAAGUUGGCCGCUGGACACGAGCUUAUCAUUUAAAAGUUCCUCCACCACCUAUGCCUCCCCAACCUCCCCGCGGUGGUCCACGGCAAAGAUUUCAGCCUACUCCUCGUGGUGUCAACAUGAUUGUCUGGAGCCUAGAUAACCGAUUUGUGCUUGCUGCUAUUAUGGAUUGCAGGAUAUGUGUUUGGAAUGCUUCAGAUGGCAGCUUAGUCCACUCCUUGAUUGGUCACACUCAAUCAACAUUUGUCUUGGAUGUUCAUCCAUUCAACCCACGGAUAGCUAUGAGUGCUGGAUAUGAUGGAAUAACCAUCAUAUGGGAUAUCUGGGAAGGUACUCCAGUGCGGAUAUAUGACAUUGGGCGCUUCAAGCUGGUGGAUGGGAAAUUCUCCCCAGACGGUAUGUCAAUUGUUCUUUCGGAUGAAGUGGGACAAAUAUUUAUCAUAGCUACCGGGCAAGGAGAGUCUCAAAAGGAUGCACAAUAUGAUCAGUUUUUUCUUGGUGAUUAUCGGCCACUUAUUCAAGAUACUCAUGGAAAUUUUUUAGAUCAGGAAACUCAACUUGCACCAUAUCGUAGGAAUAUUCAAGAUCUUCUUUGUGAUUCAUCUAUGAUCCCUUAUCCUGAACCAUACCAGAACAUGUACCAGCAGCGCCGGUUAGGUAUAUUGGGAAUCGAGUGGCGUCCACCUUCUAUGAAAUUUGCAGUUGGUCCUACAUACAAUGUAAAUUCAGGGGAUUUUCAACCGCUUCCAAUUAUAGAUCUGGAUCGUUUGGUUGAACCCUUGCCAGAGUUUUCACUCUUAGAUGCUAUGGAUUGGGAACCAGAGAAUGAAAUGCAAAGUGAUGAUACCGACUCCGAGUACAAUGUUACAGAUGAGUGUUCCAGUGAAGGGGAGCAUGCAAGUUUAAGCAACAGUUCUUCUGGAGAUCCUGAGUGCAGUGCAGAGGACGUCCGAGCUGACCAUGCUAGCAAGGAAGGCCUGCGCAGGUCCCGAAGAAAGAAACACAAGUCAGAAGUUGAGUUCACGACUUCUUCAGGGAGACGAGUUAAAAGAAGAAAUCUAGAUGAGCGUGAUGGUACAAUCUCAAGGUCUCGCAAAACUCGAAAGUCAAAAAACAGAGGCUUAAAUUCAAAAAGCAAAUCAUCCACCUCAAAGACAUUAAGACCUCAGAGACGUGCUGCACGCAAUGCUCUCAAUUUAUUUUCUAAGAUCCAUGUGGGUUCUUCUGAUGGUGAAGAAGAAGAAGAAGAAGAUGAUGAUGAUGAAGAGACCACAUCCUCAGAAAGUGAUUCAGCUCUCCCAGAAUCCAACACUCAAAGCAACGAAUCAAAUCUGACAAGUCCAGUAAAACUUGGUGGGGAUAAAGAUGCCUCUGGGGAUGAAUUUGAAGAUGUUAGGAAACCUCCUCUGCUCACUGAUACUCAAACAAGUGUGGGAAAUAAGAGGAGGCUGGUUUUUAAACUCCCUCGUCGUGAUCCUAAGCUAGUUGUCUCUUCAGAAACGAUGAGAGCUGAAUGCAGUGCUCAAGCUGGCUUGGAAUUGUCUAAUAUAGCUAAUGCUGAUUCAAAUAACCUUGAUGGAAGCUAUUCUGGUUUCAGUAGACCAAAACAACCUUUGGAGGAUGGAGCUGAUGGAGUAUCAUCCCAAAAGGGUCUUAUUGGUCAGUUAAAAGAAAGCGAGCCUACUGAAAAAUCAGAUCAGAUGAAUUUCUCUGGAGGCUGCCAGGGUAACACAAUUAAAUGGGGAGAAGUAAAGACACGUUCUUCAAAGCGCUUGAGAUUAGGUGACACAUUGACUGCAGAAACUUGGCCUGCAGCUAAUACAGGCACUGAUGGCCAGAAUAUCAUUUCAAGUGAUUUUAAUGGGCGUACAAAAUCUGAUGAUGAUUGUGGAUUGCCAUCCAGUUCCAUGAAUCAAGUUCAUGGGGAUAAAGAUCAAAAAGGCUACAAAGUAGAAGUGAAUUUUCAAGGAAGUGGCUUGCAAGGACUGGAUGGUGCCAGAGUUAAGGGGCUUUCUCCUGAGUAUGCCAGGCCAGAUUCUUUAGCACUUCAGAACUUCUCUGGAAUUGCUGACCAACGGGGGGAAGCUACAUUGCCUGCUAUAUCUAAUGGCGACAGAAUCGAAAUGACUGGGCCCAUGCACGAAAAAUAUCAAGAUAGCCAUGUGGCUAGUGAUUGCAGAGCUGAUGAUGAGCUGCCUAAGGCAAGUGCUGGAAACAAUGGAGAUGAUAAUAAAGAAGUCGAUAGAAUUGUGCAACCUGUAUUUCGAAGGCUAAGGAUUAAAACAAAAGGAUUAUUGAAUGAAGCGAGCAGUUCAUCAUCCAAGUUACAAUCUGUUGCGCUAGAUGAUCGAAGAACCUCUGAGUGUGAUUUAAUGUCUGCUGGUGUGGAGCUGAAUGGAGAAAACUUAAGUUCAGCAGUUCAUGAGGAGCAUGAAAGCACUAGUUGGCCAACUCCAGACCAUCAAGAACUGAUGUAUAAUGGGUCUAGAAGCUAUGGGAUGAAGGAAAAUAAGAAUGGCAGGUUAUCCAAUUCCCAUGACUUGGAGAAAUUAAAUGUAGAUUCAGAUGGUAAGACAUUUAAUGCAGUUUAUAGGAGGUCAAAAUCACAUAAGAUUAGGAAGAAUUCUGAUGGUGAUGUCCAUAAUAUGGAGGAAAGAAUUGAUUCUGAUAACCAUGUUGGAAAUGUAAAAGUGGAUUUUGGUGAUACUUUUGUUGAUGGUGUGCGUAGAACAAGGUCCAUGGGCCUUAGGGUAACUGGGGAAGAGUCAAAUCCAACUGUAAACAACUUCAACUUCAAGCCAAGAGAAAGCUAUGGUUUUGCUGAAACAUCGAGAAAUGGGGGAAAAACUGCAUUAAAUGGGCGUGAUCAAUUAUUUUCAGAUGAAUGGAAGUCUACCUCUAGACCUACAUUAGGUUUAAGAUCUGCCAGAAACAGAAGAGAAAACUAUAGUAGUUGUGAACUGAGACCCUUGGAUAAAAGAAAGUACCAUCAACCUAUAAGGAAACUUUCAUGGUUGACGUUGUUGGAACAUGAGGAGAGCUAUCGAUAUAUUCCACAGCAAGGUGAUGAAGUUGCGUAUUUGAGACAGGGCCAUGAAGAAUAUGUCAAAUCAUAUCGUUCUCAAGAACCAGUGCCUUGGAAAUUUGUCAAAGGAAGCUUAAAGUCUGUGGAAUUUUGCAAAGUUCGAGACCUUCAUUACUCUACUCUUCCGGGCUCUGGGGAAAGCUGCUGCAAGCUUACUCUUGAGUUUACAGAUCCUUCAUCCUGUGGGGUUGGGAAAGCCUUUAAGUUGACUUUGCCCGAACUUGUUGCUUUCCCAGACUUCCUUGUGGAAAGAGCCCGUUUUGAAGCUGCUAUUGAGAGGAAUUGGACACACAGGGACAAGUGUCAGGUUUGGUGGAGGAAUGAAGAUGGAGAUGGCGGAAGCUGGUGGGAGGGUCGGAUUUUGGCAGUAAAGCCUAAAUCUCCUGAUUAUCCUGAUAGCCCAUGGGAGAGGUAUGUCAUUCAAUAUAGAAACGAUUCUUCUGGGCAGCACUCACAUAGCCCAUGGGAACUACAUGAUGCUGAUAGCCCAUGGGUGCACCCCCACAUUGAUGACCGAAGCAAAACUAAGCUGUUGAGCUCUCUUGCCAAGUUGGAGCAAAGCUCACUCAGAAAUCAGGACUAUCAUGGUGUUCAAAAGUUGAAUCAGGCAGCACAAAAGUCAGAUUUUCUGAACAGGUUCCCCGUGCCGCUAUCACUUGAGAUAAUCAAGAUGAGAUUAGAGAACAACUACUACCGCAACGUGGAGGCGGUGAAGCACGAUGCUUCGGUGAUGCUGUCGAACGCUGAGUCCUACUUCGGCAAGAGCGCAGAGAUGACGAUGAAGAUGAGGCGGCUUUCGGAUUGGAUAACAAGGACAUUUUAGUUCAUAGAACACAGAAAAACAAUUUUGUAGGUGGAACUUUAGCCUCAAGAGAAGUUGAAGCAUUCUUCUGCAUUAUACCCAUCCUUUUUCCCCUACAUUUUUAACUUAUUAGGUAUCUCAUUGGUC